GGGGCAAGGUGAAAGUGAGCGGGUCAGGUUGGCCCCGAUGCAGAACCUGAGCAUGGAGCAGGCAGCGGGAGGAGGGCGGGAGGCUGCCUGUGUUCGGCGGCGCUGCUACUAGGAUCGGAAGCGAGCCUUGCCCGGCGGCCCCCCGAUGAGAUGAGAUCUCGCAAAGGGUAGCCCGGAGGGAGAGCGAGAGCCAGCAAGAGGACCGAAGAGCCGGAGCCGAAGCCGGCAAAGCUUCGAGGAAGGAGGCAUCGCGCCCCGGGGAGGUGGAGAUCGUGCAAUAUGCCAGUUCGCAGAGGUCACGUGGCGCCACAAAACACCUUUUUGGGGACCAUCAUCCGGAAAUUCGAAGGGCAGAAUAAAAAAUUCAUCAUUGCUAAUGCCAGAGUGCAGAAUUGUGCGAUCAUCUACUGCAAUGAUGGCUUCUGCGAGAUGACGGGGUUCUCCCGGCCAGAUGUCAUGCAAAAACCCUGCACCUGUGACUUUCUUCAUGGACCAGAAACCAAAAGGCACCACAUUGCCCAAAUUGCCCAAGCGUUGCUUGGAUCGGAGGAGAGAAAACUGGAGGUUACCUAUUAUCGUAAAGAUGGGUCUACCUUCAUAUGUAACACCCACAUCAUCCCAGUGAAAAAUCAAGAAGGAGUGGCUAUGAUGUUUAUUAUUAGCUUUGAAUAUGCAACUGAUGAAGAAAAUGUGGAGUCUCCAGAAAAAUUCAGCCAGAUACUAACAGCCAAAGUUACAAAUCAUGGUAACAACCUUUCAAGAGGAGCUUCAUCAGGCAAACUUUUUGGAUUCAGGCUACCUGGAUUGAGUCUUUUAUCCUACAGAAAGCAAUCUUUGCCACAAGAAGAUCCUGAUGCAGUGAUUGUUGAUUCAUCAAAACACAGUGACAAUUCCAUGGCCAUGAAGCACUUUAAGUCUCCUACGAAAGAAAGCUGCAGCCCCUCUGAAGGAGAUGACACCAAGGCACUCAUUCAACCAAGGACGUGUUCACCUCCAGUGAAUAUAUCUGGGCCUCUAGAUCAUUCAUCACCAAAACAGCAGUGGGACCGACUGUACCCGGAUAUGCUGCAUUCCAGCGCAGCGUUGACUCUUGCUCAGUCAAAAGAGAGCAUUAGUAGUAUAAGGAGAGCAUCUUCAGUGCACAACAUAGAAGGAUUUACCGUCCAUCCCAAGAACAUGUUUAGGGAUCGGCAUGCUAGUGAAGACAAUGGUCGCAAUGUCAAAGUUUCACGCUCCUGGAUGGCAGGGGAGAGAAUCCAGAAGUCUUCAGGAAUCCAAGAAACCAGAACUUUUUUUCUUGUCGCCCCUUCAGCAUAUGGUCCUUUUAACCAUAUCAAGUCAAGUCUGUUAGGAUCUACAUCUGAUUCAAACCUUAACAAAUACAGCACCAUCAAUAAGAUUCCCCAGCUCACUCUAAACUUUUCUGAUAUCAAAAAUGAAAAAAAGGCAUCAUCACCUCCAUCAUCAGAGAAAACAAUUAUUGCGCCCAAAGUGAAAGAAAGAACACAUAACGUCACUGAAAAGGUUACACAGGUCCUAUCUUUGGGAGCCGAUGUCCUGCCAGAAUAUAAGCUCCAAACACCCCGCAUCAACAAGUUUACGAUAUUGCACUACAGCCCUUUCAAAGCAGUCUGGGAUUGGCUCAUUUUACUGCUUGUGAUCUACACUGCCAUCUUCACCCCUUACUCGGCAGCCUUCCUUCUCAAUGACAGCGAAGAACAAAAGAGGCGGGUGUGUGGCUAUUCCUGCAACCCCUUGAACAUGGUAGACUUAAUUGUGGAUAUUAUGUUUAUCAUUGACAUUCUCAUAAACUUCCGAACGACAUAUGUCAACCAGAAUGAAGAAGUGGUAAGUGACCCGGCGAGAAUAGCAAUUCACUACUUCAAAGGCUGGUUCCUAAUUGACAUGGUUGCUGCAAUACCUUUUGACCUGCUGAUCUUUGGAUCUGGCUCGGAUGAGACAACAACUCUCAUUGGCCUUCUGAAGACAGCCCGUCUACUGCGUUUAGUGAGGGUUGCCCGCAAACUGGACAGAUACUCGGAAUAUGGUGCAGCUGUCUUGAUGCUACUGAUGUGCAUAUUUGCACUCAUUGCUCACUGGCUGGCUUGCAUUUGGUAUGCCAUUGGGAACGUUGAAAGGCAUUACUUGUCUCGCAAAAUCGGUUGGUUGGACUCCCUGGGACAGCAGCUGGGAAAACAUUACAAUCGGAGUGAUGGCAGCUCAGGACCAUCCAUCAAAGACAAAUAUGUCACCGCACUUUAUUUUACCUUCAGCAGCCUGACCAGUGUAGGAUUUGGAAAUGUGUCUCCAAAUACCAACUCAGAGAAAAUCUUUUCUAUUUGCGUCAUGCUGAUUGGCUCAUUAAUGUAUGCAAGCAUUUUUGGAAACGUAUCCGCAAUAAUCCAAAGACUAUAUUCUGGAACGGCACGGUAUCACAUGCAGAUGCUACGUGUAAAAGAGUUCAUUCGCUUUCAUCAGAUUCCCAACCCAUUGAGGCAGAGGCUCGAAGAAUAUUUUCAGCAUGCGUGGACAUACACUAAUGGCAUCGACAUGAACAUGGUCCUAAAGGGGUUUCCAGAAUGUUUGCAAGCUGAUAUCUGUCUCCACCUCAACCAAAGCUUACUUCAAAACUGCAAAGCUUUCCAGGGUGCGAGUAAAGGGUGUCUCCGGGCUCUGGCUAUGAAGUUUAAGACUACUCAUGCACCUCCUGGGGACACACUAGUCCAUUGUGGUGAUGUUCUGACUGCACUUUACUUCCUUUCCCGAGGCUCCAUUGAAAUCCUCAAGAAUGACAUGGUUGUAGCAAUUCUCGGCAAAAAUGAUAUUUUUGGAGAAAUGGUCCAUCUUUAUGCAAAACCAGGAAAGUCAAAUGCAGAUGUGAGAGCACUAACCUACUGUGACUUACAUAAAAUCCAGCGAGAAGACUUGUUAGAAGUUUUGGAUAUGUAUCCUGAAUUUUCAGACCUGUUUCUCACCAAUUUAGAACUCACUUUCAACUUGAGACAUGAAAAUGCAAAAGCUGAUCUUGCAAUAAGGCGACAGACCACAAAUGAUUCGGAUGGAGACAAUGGUAAACUCCGAAGAAGGAACUUGUCUUUUGAAAGUGACAUGGAUAAAGAUUAUGACAAAGAAGAUGAGAAUUCCAUGGACAACAACAGGCAUUGUCAGGCCAUCGAGAAACAUUAUGUGGAAAAGAGAAGCAGGUCAUCAUCUUAUGUGUCAUCUACAGAUGAUGAGCAGAAACCUUUGUUUUCUGAGAUCAUAGGCUACACAGCUGGACUAGGCAAGGCUGCAGUGUUGGAUUUUGAGGAAAUGGUGAAUGCAACAGAAAGAAUCCAAAGUGAUCAACGGAGCCACUCCUGUAAAGAUCUCAGAGACAGAAGAACCUGGGAGGAAGAUCAGAGCAGAAGUCACCAAGAAUCAUCCUGUCCAUCCGCAUUACCUCAUGUCACCUGGGGAAUCUCUGAAACAGAAAGUGAAAUCAACUAUGGUGAAGUGGAACAGAGGCUAGAUCUACUUCAAGAGCAACUCAGCAGGCUUGAAUCCCAAAUGACAGCUGACAUUCAAACCAUCUUACAGCUGUUGCAGAGACAGUCAACCCUCAUCCCGCCUGCUUAUAGCAUGGUGAUGGCAAAUGCAGAUUACCAGAAACCAGCUGUCCGGCUCCUGCGACGUCUUCAUCCCAUCGCAUCAAUUAAAACAGAUCGAAGCUUCAGUCCUUCACAGGGUCCCAAAUUCUUGGAGCUUGACAAAUUGAAAGAGAAAUCCAAAGAAUCUCUCUCAAGCGGAGAACAUCUUCACCUGGCCUCAGAAGAUAACUUGGCUUCCCUUUUGGAGCAGGAGCAUGACCUCUCUGUAGAGCCAACCCCAUCACUCCGUAAGACCUACCUCCACCCAAAUAGGCAUCCAUCUUUGCCCGAUUCUCCCCUAAGCACGACAGGAAUGUUGGGUCUCCAUAGGCAUGUCUCUGAUCCUGGUCUUCCUGGGAAAUGACCCUUUUGCAUUCUUACAUCACCUAAAAUGUAAGUGCUUUUAAUGUCCGGGGGUUUUCUCUUUUUUUUUUUUUCUUUCUUCCUUUUUUUUUUUCUAUCAAAAUCUCAAUACUUGACUCAGGGGCUACAAGGAUAUACCAUUAUAUGCAAAAGUACUGUAUAUUUUCCUAUCUUUGAAGCUUGUAAGGAAAGUUGAUCAGUAACUAUGUAAAUAUAUAAAUAUAUACAUAUAUACAUAUAUAAACAAACGGUAUGUUGCAAAUAUAAAACUGCCAGCAUUCUCGAGGCACCUUCUAUUUUUUAAUUUUUUUAAAAAGCACCUGCAUGCUUGGAAAUGAUAAUGGUUCUGUUGCAUGGAGGUUCCUGUUUACUGUUUUCGAUUAAAAACUAUUUUAUUGCGGACAUGCCUUCAAAAAAAAGAUGACAAUGACCCAAAAACAAAAAUGACUUGCUUUUCUUGAACUACUUUACCUUCAAACAAUUUUCUUUUCCAGUUUUAUCUUUUUUUGGAAAAGACUACACAAUUACCCUUCUAGUAUUGAGCAUUUUGCAGUCAAAACAACCUCCUUUAGCUUUGAACAUAAGGAAAACAUAGAUUUUUCUACAGAAACUUUGUAGUUUGGACAUCAUUCAUGUAAAAAACCCAAUUAGCAAAACCCAAAUACAUUUUGGAAAAAGGAAAAAAAGAAACCUGUAACUCGGUUGCAUAAUGGAAAGCGACAUUUGUGACUUCAGUUUACAACAGUUGAAUCAUUUAAUGUUCUACUUUAUUUUUCUUUACUGAAAUUUCAUCGUUGCUAUAAGUUGCCACACUCAAAGGCAGCUAGCUGUCAAGACCCUCAAAUACAAACAAUGCAAUAAACAUAAUUUCUACAUAAA